CUCCAGAAACACCAGCGGCUGUCUCACUUGCACUCUUCAGUGGAUUCGUGAAGAGAAAGGAAGACGAGCUGACGUUUUUUCUGUUGGGACUGACUUAUGAUUAAAAGCCUCUGAGGACAGUUGAUAAUGAGUGGCUCACUCCUGCUCGCACAGUCCGUUCCGCCAACCCCACUGAAGUGCCCCAGGUGCCACCAGGCUGGGGCCAGAAAGGUCAAAGGUCAGUGUGCUGUGUGUCAGCGCUGCUCCGAGGCCCUGCGCCGUGUCUACCAGUUCUGCUGGGCCUGUGGGAGAGAGUGGCACCAGUCAGGAGGAACCCUGGAGGGUCAAGGGGUCCAUUUCUCCUGCCCUCUGCCAGGCUGUGCCCUCAGGGCUGCCCUCCUCUCCCCAGAGGUCAUAGUUGAUCCAUGCAGUUCAGCCCAGGGAUGCCCCUUCUUCAGGGCCUGUCCUCAGUGUAAGGCCAUCCUCACUCACACUGGAGAGGGAUGCUCCAAUAUCAUCUGUCCACACUGCCAAAAGGAGUUCUGCUUCCGCUGCUUGAAGAAGGAGUGCUAUUAUUAUGAAGAGGAAGAUGAUGAUGAUGAUGAUGAUUUUGAGUAUCCUUUACCAUGCACUGUGGUGGAUAACAGUCAGUCUCUCAGAGAGUUGGAACUGUAGGGGCUAUGCAACGGUCUGUAGAACAUAAUUUACGGCCUCAUUCAUUACCACUUGCAAAAGGAAAUCAUCUUGAUUGUAAUUACUAUUGGAAUUAUUAUAUUAGUUCUAUGGUACAAAGACAUCAUAUUGCUAUGCUGCAUUGCUUCUAUGGAUGCCAAGGGAAGCCAGACUUCUCAAAAAAAAAAAAAAGAAAUAAACAUAAAAAAUCAUUUA